AUGAAACAAGGAACAGGUCAGGACCUUAGACUAUGGGUCGAGGGUGUUGUUUCAAAAGUAUCGUCCGGAACAGAUAUAAACGAAGUGCUUCUUCCUGAUGGCAGGACAAAGAUCUAUGUAUAUUUUGUGAGCGGAAGGGUUCUGUUCAACUUGUCUGAUCUUGUGAGCGUGUUUGAAUGCUUUGGAGUUUAUGUGAGUCCUUCCCAGAUGUAUGAGUGCAUGAGAUCUGCAGGAUAUGUAGAGAAGUUGGAACGAUUUGGAGACUUCUUUGGUGAUCAAGGCCUGGAAGUUGUGUGCAGCGAUGCCGUAAGUAUUAAGGUUCUUGAGAAGACAGAGUCCACAUAUAGUGGGAGCAGGCCUAGCUGUCCCGAGGACACGGGCAGGGUGCUUUCCGGGCCAAAGGACCCUCUUGAGGAAUACAAGUUUGAGGCCCAAAGGGAAGGCUUUGGAGGAUUCCAUAAUGUAAAAGAACUAUACCCUUUUAAUUAUCAAUGGACGGAUAGCAUCAUGGACGGUAUACUUAAGAAUAUAUAUACCAGCGAUGGAAAGAGAGCCGACAGUAGUGCGAAGAAAGAAAGGCCGGAUUCUGUGAAGCCCGGAAGCAGAGGAAGGCACAUGAAACAUGGGGGGAGUCUAAAGGACCGCCCAUUUGUGUGUACAUACAGUGAAUGCAAGCGUGCCUUCAAAAGAUACGAGCACCUGAAGCGGCACAACUUGAUGCACACCGGUGAAAGGCCUCACAAAUGCAAAUUUCCUGGAUGCUCAAAGGCUUUCUCCAGAUCAGAUAACUUAUCCCAGCACUAUAAAGUUCAUACCACUACAACCGAGAUGCAUGCAAAAAGCUAUGGGUCUUAUAGAUACUUGAAUAAAGAGUUUAACUAG